AUGAUUGAGGAGAGUGGGAAGAGGAGGAGGACAAUGGCAGAGAAGAGACAGCUGUUCAUGGAAAUGAGAGCACAGAAUUUUGAUGUCAUCAGACUUUCAACGUACCGAACAGCCUGCAAGCUGCGGUUUGUACAGAAAAGAUGUAAUCUUCAUCUUGUUGAUAUCUGGAAUAUGAUUGAAGCCUUCCGAGAUAAUGGCCUUAACACUUUGGAUCAUAACACAGAGAUCAACGUGUCUCGACUAGAAACAAUCAUUUCAUCCAUCUACUACCAGCUAAACAAACGCCUUCCUUCUACUCACCAAAUCAGUGUAGAACAAUCCAUCAGCCUCCUCCUCAACUUCAUGAUAGCAGCAUAUGACAGCGAGGGCCAUGGGAAGCUGACGGUGUUUUCAGUGAAAGCUAUGUUAGCAACCAUGUGUGGUGGUAAAAUCCUGGACAAACUGAGAUAUAUUUUCUCUCAAAUAUCCGAUUCAAAUGGACUAAUGAUAUUUACAAAGUUUGAUCAGUUUUUGAAGGAAGUUCUGAAACUCCCAACAGCUGUUUUUGAGGGGCCUUCUUUUGGAUACACAGAGCAUUCCGUACGGACCUGCUUCCCACAACAAAAAAAGAUCAUGCUAAACAUGUUUUUAGACACGUUGAUGGCUGACCCACCUCCUCAGUGCCUUGUGUGGCUGCCUCUCAUGCACAGACUUGCCCAUGUUGAAAAUGUCUUCCAUCCUGUGGAGUGUUCCUAUUGCCGGUGUGAGAGCAUGAUGGGUUUCCGGUACCGAUGCCAGCAGUGCCACAACUACCAGCUCUGUCAAAACUGUUUUUGGCGUGGCCAUGCCAAUGGUCCUCACAGCAACCAGCACCAGAUGAAGGAGCAUUCCUCUUGGAAAUCACCUGCAAAGAAGCUGAGCCAUGCAAUUAGUAAAUCUCUUGGUUGUGUACCGAGUCGAGAGCCACCUCGUCCUGUAUUUCCUGAGCAGCCAGAAAAGCCACUUGAUCUUGCACAUAUAGUUCCUCCUCGGCCUCUGACUAACAUGAAUGACACCAUGGUGACCCACAUGUCCUCUGGAGCACCUACCCCAACAAAAAGGUCACCCCGCAGCCUGGAGGCUGCCAGCCCAGUUGCUGACGAGCACACACUGAUAGCCACCUACGUGAGCCGGCUGCAGAGCGGGGCACGCGUCCUGGACAGCCCUGGCCGGCUGGACGAGGAGCACCGGCUGAUUGCCAGAUACGCCGCCCGGCUGGCUGCUGAAGCCGGAAAUGCACCUCGCCCACCUACAGACCUCGGUUUCAGCUUUGAUGCCAACAAACAACAAAGACAGCUGAUUGCAGAGCUGGAAAACAAAAACAGGGAGAUACUCCAGGAAAUUCAGCGUCUCAGGCUGGAACAUGAACAAGCCUCUCAACCCACUCCUGAGAAAGCCCAGCAGAACCCAACUUUAUUGGCUGAGCUCAGGCUUCUGCGACAGAGAAAGGAUGAAUUGGAGCAGAGGAUGUCUGCACUUCAAGAAAGCAGAAGAGAACUGAUGGUGCAGCUCGAAGGGUUGAUGAAACUGCUCAAAGUGCAAGCAGCAGGCUCAGCACACUCCUCGCCCACCCAUGGAGCCAUGCCCAUGCCUGUCAGAUCCACCUCUGCAGGCUCUACCCCAACUCAUGGCCCACAGGACUCGCUUGUAGGUGUCGGGGGAGACGUGCAGGAAACUUUCAUUCAAGGUACGAGGAGGAACCUCCGCAACGACCUCCUAGUAGCAGCUGAUUCCAUCACAAACACCAUGACGUCACUGGUGAAGGAGCUGCAUUCUGGUAAGAGUUAA